AUGCGUUUCUCAGUCUUUCUUCCAGCCAUUGCUGCCCUUAGCUCUGCCGUUGCUGCUCAGCGUAGCUGCGGAUCUAUCCCUCACAAAGCCUUCAGCAAUGAGCUGAAGGAGGCCAUGGAAAAUUCCCGCACCUCUAGCUUCAGCAAUGUUACCUCCAACGUUACCAUCAACACCUACUUCCAUGUCAUCACUGAUGGCAACACUGGCAAGAUUAGUGAUGAAACUUUGCAGAAGCAAAUCGCUGUCUUGAAUUCUGACUACAAAGCAUCUGGAUUCAGCUUCAAACUCGUGGCAUCCGACUCAGUCGACAACCCUACCUGGGCCGCUGGCGAGGAUGAUAUGGGCAUGAAGAGUGCCCUCCGAAAGGGUGGCUACGAUACCCUCAAUGUCUACUUUGUCCCCAUGCUUAGGGAGGGCCUCCUUGGUUUCUGCUACUUCCCUAUGAAAAACCCGUCUGAGGGGCAAAAGAUCAAGGAUGGAUGCGUCAUCAACUCCAAUUCUGUCCCAGGAGGCUCAGCGCAGAACUACAAUGAGGGCAAGACCACCACCCACGAAGUUGGCCAUUUCAUGGGUCUCUACCAUGUCUUCAACGAGCAGGAAGGAAACUGCCAGCAGGACGGUGACAUGAUUGAGGAUACUCCUGUCCAGGGUUCCGCCUCCAGCGGAUGCCCUACAGGGAAGGACUCCUGCCCGCAGCAAGGUGUCGACUCCAUCCAUAACUACAUGGACUACAGCUACGACUCAUGCUUGACUGAGUUCAGUCCUGGUCAGAUAAAGCGAAUGCAGAUGCUAUGGCAGUUCCGUGCUGGAAGUGGCAGCGGGUCCGUAACACGGCCUCGACCAAAGCCUCCAGUUCUCAUGGACUACGAGCACCGCUUGUAA